AUGAGUGAUCAACAACCUGCCUCCGUUCCUCCAACGGAUUCUCAGACGAUUGUCAAUGGUACACCUGAUAAAGGUCCCUCCGUGAACGACAUGCCGCCUGUCGCACCGACGCCAGGCGACGAUACCAGCGACUUCUAUAAUACUCCCUUGGUCGCCGGUACACCAGUGGCCAAAUCCGAAAACAUGGACGGUGCUCCGACGAGCAACAUCAGCGAACCCCCCUCGUCGAACCCAGCGCCUGCGAUCCCCGGACUGAGCCUUGUCAAUGAUGGAACGAAGGACCAGGACCCCCAUAAGAGCGAGCCAAACUUGUCGCAAAAUGCUGUGAGUAUGGAGGUUGAAACCCCGGCUCAGCACCAGAACACGCCGGCGCAGGCUCCCGCAGAGAGCGAGACAAUACAGGUGGAUCAAACAAAUGGACCAUUCGCUGUCGGGGAGACAAACGGGGCGAACCCCCCUUCUACCGAACAGACACAGGACGGGCAGGAAGAAGAGGAGCACCCUGAAUGGGAGAUCGAUUCGUCUCCGUACGAGUCUUCCGAUAGUUCUUCCACGGAUUCCUCCGACGAUAGCGAUGACGACGAUGAAGAUUACGAGAUCCUGAGCCCCGAAGAACAAGCACGCAUCCUAAUGCAGGCAGAGCUCGGCUCUGACGACGAAGGUGAUGGGAAGGGCAAAUCGGGUGGUCUGAUCAAAUCUGCAAACGAACUUCCUGAAGAAGCCCCUCCGAUCCCCGAAAUCACUAUCACCCCGGAAAUGAAAAUUGUGUUGCUGGGACAUGUGGAAGCGAUUGUGGAGAACACUAUUUUGAUCGCAGCGAAUACAUCUGGUGAAUAUCAAGUGCUGGAGAUGGGCUCGCUACUCUGUCAUGAAGAUCGCCGUGUCGCCGGUGUGGUUUCCGAGACACUAGGACGAGUCGAGAAUCCGCUGUACGCCGUGAGAUAUCCCAGUGCCGCUGCUGUUGAGGAGCAUGGUAUCUCUAAAGGCAAGGUGAUUUACUAUGUUGAGGAGCAUUCCACCUUCGUGUUCACUCAGCCUCUCAAGGGUAUGAAGGGAAGUGAUGCCUCGAACUUCCAUGACGAAGAAAUCGCCGAGGACGAGGUUGAGUUCUCCGACGACGAAGCCGAAGCCGAAUACAAACGGAAAUUGAAGCAAAAGCGACAGGAGAAAAAGGAGGCUAGGGGUGAUGGGCCAAAGGCUCGACGUGGACCUCCUGGCCCUUCCAAACUGGGUCAAAGCGAGCUCAACUACGACGAUAAUGCCGCUGAAGAUGGCUACACUCCACUUGCUCGCCCGAAAAAUUUUCAUGAGAUGAUGGGCCACCAAGAAGCUCCCGUCGAGGCUGAUGGCCCGCCAAGUAGAGGAGCUGGGUUCCGUGGUGGAAGAGGCCGUGGUAGAGGUUUCGACCGUGGCAGAGGAGGUCGUGGUCGGGGAGGACCGAGGGAUUCUCACCAUCAUGACCGUCAUUCUCAUAAUUCACACGAUGCUUCAACAUCUCAACCGACUAGCUACAACCAACCUCAAGCAUUCCAUCCGAACCAGCAGAAUGCCUAUGCUAUGCCUCAGCAGUUUCCUUUUGCACCUUUCCUGCAGCCCCAGCAGCAACAACAGCCGCCUCAGCAACAGGGAGCUUAUGCCCAAGGCACUGCUUCAGCGCCAUUUAACUUCCAAAUGCCAUUCAUGCAGCCCUUCCAACAACAAACUCCCUACCAGCAAAUGCCUCCUAACGUUCAUAUCAACCCCUUGUUUUUGGCCGCCCUGCAGCAGCAACAGCAGCAGCAGCAACAACAACAACAGUACCAGCAAACACCAGUGACUGGAAACCAACAAGCUCAGGCGCCGACGAUGAACUUUGACCAGGUCAAGGCGCAAUUGGAUCUUCUACGACACCUCAGUAACGGCAAUCAGGGUCCUCCUCAGCAAUGA